AUGCGCACCUCACCCAUGAAGAGCCUCUUGGCAGGUUCCGCCUUUCUAGCGGCCUCCUGCAACGCCGUCACCCUUUACGCGGCUGAUUCGGGCGGAAAUGUCACAACCCUUUCCCUCACCACCGGCGCCAACGCGAGCUUAUCCGUCGCCUCCAAGUCGGCAGACUGCGAGGUGAACCCAGCCUGGCUCACCCUGGACUCGGCCAACCGUAUCCUCUACUGCCUCGACCGGGGCUCCAACUCGGUUCCCAACGGCUCACUAAACUCCUUCUCUAUCGGGGAUGGAGGCGCCCUGACCCGCAUCGCUCGCAUCCCGGCGCCCGCCAGCGGUGUCGCUGGUGAGAUUGUCACCACCGAGUCUGGUGCUCGCGGUUAUGUUACUGCUUCAUACAACAAGAGCGCAGUUUCCGUCAUUGCCCUGGGCGAUAAAGGAGCUCUCCCCGGCACCGCGCCGCUCCAGGAGUUCUACCCAACCCUCGAGAAGCCCGGCCCGGUGACUGCCCGUCAGGACCUCAGCUACCUUCACCACGUUAUUAUCGACCCCAAGAACCAGUAUGUUCUCCUCGCCGACCUCGGUGGUGACCGGGUCCGCGUCUACACCAAGGACCCGAACAGCGUCGCCCCGAUCAAGGAAGUCGACGGCCUCGUCACCGGCCCCGGCGUCGGGCCCCGCCACGGCGUCUUCAAGACCAUGGCCAACGGCGACGUCGUCUUCUUCUUCAAUGGCGAGCUCGACCAAAACAUCUACUCGUACAAGGUCGAGUACAAGGAGACCGGCCUCGCCUUCACUAAGAUCUCGUCCAUCCCCUCCGUCAACGCCGACUACCCUGCCACCAAGGCCCCGACAAGCGAGAUUGCCAUCACUCCCGACCAAAAGUUCAUCAUCGUCUCGAACCGCGAUGUCUCGUUCCGCGACUCCCCCGUCCUCGGCUCCGGCCCCUCAGACACGAUGUCCACCUUCGCCAUCAAGGACGACGGCUCCCUCGAGUUGGUGCAGCUCGCCCCCUCCGGCGGCUGGUCUCCCCGCCAAUUCUCCAUCAACAAGGCCGGCGACCUCAUCGCCGUCGGUCACCAGAACAACCGCACCGUUGUCAUCUGGAAGCGCGACCUCGUCUCGGGUAAGAUCAUCACCGAGGCUGAGGGUGGCAAGGUUGGUCAGGUCACUCUCACUGGUGCUGUUGUUGCCACCAUCUUUGAUGAGUAG